AUGUCGUCCAUCUCGAAGCUGCCCCCCCUCUCGACGCGGAAGUGUCCAUUCCUAUUCUAUUCUCAGGUGGGGUCCAACAGUGAGUGCGACCGCCUUUGGCGGCCCAUUCUCAUUGGAGCCUGUAAGCGCAGGUCAAAGUCUCACGCACUCGAUGUGAAGGCGGCCAGCCGGCCUGCCUUUGAACACCAGGCAGACCACUCAAAGGCCCGUUGGUUGGCGCAACAAGAGGACGAAGUCAAGCAGAAGAAGAAGAAGGAAAAUCACUCAUUCGACACCACCGAAACCAGAAAACCCACAGUUGAUCACUCUCGACAUAUUUGCAAUUUUACAAUUUGCAGUGCGCCCAUUGCUUACAGUUCACGAAACGAGAUCAAAUUUGCUCGGGCGAGCGAACAGACGAUUCCUGACCAUCGAGUCCCCCUCGUCGAGUUCUCCCCCCCUCUCCAACAUCGAUCCCAGGUUAAGAAAAGAGGAGAAGGCCACAACGCGCGCACUCGCACUCUCACACCCCCCCAGGACCCCUGGUCGUUCUUUCCCCGGUCCAGAGCACAGUGUCGGUCGCUUCCGUCUCUACACAGUGUAACGGUUCCUGCCACGCCCCUCCACUUAUCGACCCUGGUCCCUGAUCACCCCCGCCAGCCAGCUCUAGCUCUGUCUUCGCUGCUCGGCUUGUCAUUCACACGCAGGUACCUCCAUCGCGAACAGAAGAAGGUCAACAUGGCCGUCGCAUCUUCUGCGAAGGCCAAGUCGGCCUGCAAAGCCAACACCACCAACAGCAACAAUGCCAGCUCCAAGGCAAAGUCACAAAUGCACCGCCGUUCAAGGACAGCCAUGCUUGACUUACACCCACAUCCAAAUCCCACUUACACGGGAGCGACUCUCCCUUACUUACCUCAAAUUGUACUGCGCCGCAAGAAGUGCGACGAGGGCUCGCCAAUGUGCUCCGCUUGCAAACAUCUUGGUUUGACAUGCGAAUACAAGCGCCCAAUGUGGUGGAGCAACAACGAUGCCCGCCGCAAGCACAAGGACGACAUCAAGAUGAUUAUCAAGCGCAAGAAGCUCUCAGAGAAGGCGUCGCACACGAUCCAGACUUCCGUCGGCUCUCCUCCAGGCCUGUCGCACUCUUUGCCCACCUCUGCCACCUUUUCCGACCCUCUGGACCGCACUCGCUCCGCCUCCAUUGACUCGCACUUCUCCCAGGCUUUCAACUUCAACAGCCCGCCAACUGUCGGUGCCGAUUAUGCUGCCUACAACCCCCAGAUGCACCCCGACUUCAUGUUCAGUGGCUUCCCCUCGCCUUACGAGAUUGAUGUCAAGACUGAGCGCCAGGUCUACAUGAACGAUGUGCCCACUCUAAGGGAGUCGACCAUUUCCACUUUCAGCACCUACCACACUCCCCCACCCCCGGGAACCAUCCUGCCUUCCUCCGUGCCCCUCGACGGCGAGUGGACCGAGCAGAUCUACUCUGAGCGCAAGGAGUCCCUUAGCGAGGAGGCCCUCAACGUCAACUUCUUCGACUUCUCUCAUGGCCCGGCCAUGUCCAACCGCCAGGUCGCAGUUGAGCUUGACGAGAACGAUCAGCGCCUGCUGGACCACUUUAUCCAAUUCGUCCUGCCCACCAUCUUUCCCAUCCUCGACUCCAACCAACAUGGCUCAGUCGGUUCCGAUCUGAUCUUGCCGGCUCUGCAGAGCAACAAGGGUUACCUGCACUGCUGUCUUAGCAUCGCCGCCCAGCACUACAAGGCGACCAUGAACGUUCCCGGAGAGGAGAUUGAUCAGGACAUCAUGCGCCAUCGGUACGCCACCAUCUCGUCUCUUUGCGACGCUUUGAACAAGGACGAGAACCAUCAGGAGAUUCUCGAGGCUGCUUUGGGUCUCAUCUUCUUCCAGUGUGUCGUCGGUCGCUUCGACGACGCACUGCCCGACAUCCCCUGGCACCAGCACUUCCAAGCUGCCAUCAGCUUGGUCCAGAAGCUUGACCUACCCCGCCUGGUUUCGGAUCCCCAUGAGCAGAUAACCCAAACUCCCUUCAACAUGACUUUGACCUCUUGGAUUGACAUUCUUGGCGCCACCAUGCAGGGACAAGCUCCUACCUUUGCCCACACCUACCGAGAGAAGCACCUGUCAAACAACCCCAGCCUGGGUCUUCGCGAGCUCAUGGGAUGCGAUGACCGUGUCAUGUACCUCAUUUCUGAGAUCGCCUGCCUCGAGGCUCUCAAGGGAAGCGGCAUGGACGACAUUACUCUUUGCCAGCACGUCCACGCUCUUGGCGACCAGAUCAACCUCACCGAGAUUGGCGAGCCUGGUCCCAAGAUGCCUUACAAUAACAACGGAAGCCUUUCCCCUAAGCAGCUUUCCAAGAACAUGACAGCCGCGUUCCGCCUUGCCGCUCGCAUCUACCUUUGCAGCUUGGUACCCGGCUUCAAUCCCGCGCAGGCUUCCUGUGUCGGCUUGGUUGAGAAGCUUGCCAACGUUCUCCAGCUUAUCCCCUCGGGAUCUGGAGGCUUUGACCGCAGUCUCGUCUGGGUCUACCUCGUGGGCGGCUCUGUCAGCUUGCCUGGCAGCUCUUUCCGCGCUCUCUUUGAGGACCGCGUUGCCCAGCUUGGCGAUGUGUCUGACUGCGGCUCCUUCGGCCGCGUCGCCUCGCUCCUCAAUGAAGUCUGGAUGCAGACAGGCAACAUCAAGAGCAGUGACAGCUGCGCCGGCAGCCCUGGUUCCACGCAAGGAGCUGAGGCGGUAGCAUACAUCCACUGGAGGGAUGUCAUGCAGAUGAAGGGCUGGGACUUCUUGCUCAUCUAG